AUGGGGGCAUGGAAUUCUAGGGGUCUCAACGACCUUGGUAAACGUAGAGCUGUAAUGGAGUGGGCAUCAAACAAUCAUUUUGGUGUUUUUGGUCUUAUUGAGACUAGAGUAAAACCAGGCAAUAUGGAUUCAGCUUCAAGGCUCUUUAGUGCUAAAUGGAGGCUUAUUUCCAACCAUUCGACAUCUGAUGCUGCUAGGAUUUGGUUACUUUGGGAUGAAGAGCAAGUCAUGAUUCAACUGAUCAGUAUUUCCUCUCAAAUUAUCUAUGCUCUGGUGACUUUGAAAUGUAAUCAACAAGUCUUUUAUGUUUCAAUGGUGUAUGGAGAGAAUUUUGAGCUGGACAGGGAAGCAUUAUGGCAUGAUCUUCAUCAGUUCAGCUCCUCUUUGUCUCACCUUGGAUUGUCCUUGGCAAUUUUAAUUCUAUCAAGUCGCCAGAGGAAAAACGAGUGUAACAAAGCUUUUGGGUUUGACCACAUUGAGUGUAAGAUUGAUCGUGUUUUGGUGGAUCAUAAUUGGCUGGACGCUUUUCCUAAUUCCCAUAUGCAUUUUCAUAAUCUCAGUGUUUCUGAUCACUCUCUAAUGGUUGUGACGAUGGAGAACAUUCCUAAAAAGCGUGGUCAGAAAUUCUAUUUUUAUAACCACUGGGUUGAUCAUGAUGAGUUCCUUCCCUUAGUUCGUGAUGUAUGGAGUCAACCGAUUGAUGGAAAUCCCAUGUUCAUUCUCCUCUCCAAGAUCAAUACUCUAAAGGGUGUUCUUAAAAAUUGGAGUAGGAGAGUGUUCCAUCGCUUGGAUAAAAAAAUUGUUGAGACAACAGAGGAGGUUCAGGCCUUACAGACCAUGCUUGGUUCUGGUUUAAUUGAUGAGGGGUUGGUUUCUCGCAAGCGGGUUGCAGGUCAGCGUCUUCAGCCCUUGAUGAAUGCUCGUGAAUCCAAGCUCCAUCAAAGAUCACAUAUAAGAUUCCUGCAGGAUGGAGAUGGCAACACUGAAUUUUUUUCAUCGCUCAUUGAUAACUAG